AUGGUGGAACGUUUUUUUGCGUCUUCCGCAGUUCAGAACUGGACUCCAUUUCAUAGCAUUGCCGAAGAACUGACAAUUUCUCUCCAUAUGCCGUCAUCUCAUCGAUCGAGUGCGGGAACCACGGCCCAGUUGGAUUUCAGUUUUCUGCCAACCCAUUUCGACACCCCGGAUAGUACUGGUUGGGCCGGUUGUACGGCUCAAGAAGCCGGUCAACCGGAAGCCAUACGGAUAAAUUUGAAUGAGGUUCUCGGGCAUGGAGCGAAUGGAACAAUGGUUUUUGCUGGCAAGUUCGGAGCGCAUCAGACUGCCGUGAAGCGUAUCGUGCGUCAACCUCAGUUGGAGAAACACUGGCGUCGGGAACACGCCAUUUUGCUUCGGCAUCAUCAUCCCCAUUUGGUUCGAUGCUACUGGACGGGCAGCACAGCCAAUUUUCANCCCCAGCGUAGUUUGGACAUGUGGGGACUGACACCGUGUGGUGUGAUUCACCAAGUGAUGCAAGCGGUGGUCUGUUUGCAUCAGAAUCACAUCGUCGGACUUGUUGAUUUUCAAUCAAAUGAUACAACCUACAACGUGUCUAGCCCAGUGGUUGAUGAUCUCGAUCAGGUGUUACUAAAGUAUCACAAAUUAUCCAAAUAA